GUCAACUGGUAAAACUGGUGACACGUCAAGGAAACAGCAAACAAGAUGGUUUGGUUUUCUUUAACCAUUAUUAUUUUAUUGUCAACAAAGUUGAUACAGGCGACACCUCCCGGUAACAGGGAUGACCUCCAGGAUCAAGAGAUAACCGAACUUAAGAAGAUGAUGGUGUUACAGUCAGAGUUGAUCCAAUCACAGGCAGAGAUGUUACAGGAGUAUGGAAAACGAAUAGCUUCACUGGAAAAAGAAAACAGUGACCUUGUCAAACGCACAGAGAAGUUUCACACCGCUAAUGAAAUAAUGGAAUCUAGACAAAGCCAUCUGAAGCAAGUGGACUUGGACACCCGCCCUGAGGUGAAUGUUCACGUCAAUACCGGACAAUCGAUAGAAGAGAUCGAGGAUCAGGAGAACGGCCAACUUCAGUCACCAGGAAAUCAAGAUAAUCUCACCGCUGUUGGAUUUUACUGUAGACUUCAGUCCCCAAACAAUUUGCUACUUGGACAACAUCAGACUGUUGAGUUUGACGACGUUGUAACGAACAUCGGGAACGGAUACGACUACCGACACGGACACUUCACGGCUCCUGUCGCCGGGCUGUACUCGUUCACCUCUACCGUACUACUUGUAACGUCUAAUAAUCAUUUAAUGCAUCUCGCCAUUGUUAAAAACGGAGUAGAUGUUGGAUACUUGUUUUCUUAUUCCGCGUAUGAUAAAGGCACCAGGACGGUUGUGCUACCAUUAGCUGUAGGAGACAUGGUGUGGGUUAGAAACAACGAAAAUAACACGCCCUCCAUCAAUGGUAAUGGGUAUAGCACCUUUUCCGGAUUUCUCAUUACACCCUUCAGCCUGGGCAGCUAGAUGUUACGUUGUUGUGUUGUUUAAUACUGUUCCAACCAAUUACGAAUAUACUGAA